UGAUCAUUUCCUUUCUGGCGGCUGUUUUGAUUCCACUCUCCUAUAUCCUCGCUAUCACGACAAUCUUUGAGCAUCACGACGUGGUAAAGAAAGACCAACUACAUUCUCUUUGGACGAACUACGUACGAUCAACUGCACAACAUGCGGUGGAACUACUGGACAUAUGCUGCAGUCAAUGCAUGGAUGGCCGUGCAGAUUGUCGAGGCUGGUCCUCUGAAAUGGGCGGAUUCAAUGAUGCGCAAUGUAGCGCCCAACAAUAUGAAGCCACGACAGGCUCAGCUUGAAAAUGGUGUCACCUCCGCUAUUGAGACGCCUCAUCCCGAGUUUGAAGACAUCACGACGGAUGCCGUCUUUCCCACCUCACUUCUGCCAGACUAUGGUGCAUCGGAUGACGACGAGGACAGCAGUAGCGACGGGCCACUGAUUACGGAGAUUACCUUUCUCCCUCCGAAAAGCGAGCCCACGGAGACACCAGGGUCGACUGAAGAGGACGCCAUCCCAACGACAACCCCUGAAUCGACAACAGAGGGGUCAACAUAUGUUGAGACACCUGUCACCCCGACCUCCCUCGAGACCCCGACAUCUCUGGAGACUCCUACCUCUCUGGAGACUCCGACUUCACUCGAGACCCCGACAUCUCUCGAGACUCCCACCUCUCUGGAAGCUCCCACCUCUCUGGAGGCUCCCACCUCUCUGGAGACUCCGACUUCACUCGAGACUCCCACGCCAUCGAGUGAGACGCCCAUCCCGACCCACCCCCUCUCAAGCGCAACGACUCCUGUAGAAACCCCCGAGCUCCCAACUUCAGUCGUAUCUACGCCCCCCGUCGAGACCACACCGUCAUCCACCCACACUCCGGAAUUACCCAGCGAGACACCUGGAAGCUCCGAGGUCCCGACAUCACCUACAAGCCUCAUCGAAACGCCGUCUCCCCCGGCUGACGGCGGUGAGCCUGUCGAGUCCACAGUGGACCCUCUGCCCGAUAGUCCGACCCCUAUCCCUGAAUUUUCGACCUCUGCCUCGUCGACUUCAGCCUCGUCCACGACCUUGGUCCCUGUCGAGCCUGAGCCAACGUUGACUCCCAGCGACACACCAGAUCCGGUACCUACAUCACCCCCCGUCGAGACACCAGAGCCAGAGCCGACAUCUCCGCCUCUCGAGACUCAGGAACCAGUGCCAACCUCACAACCUGUGGAGAAGCCAGAGCCAGUACCAACAACAACACCAGUGGUGAUACCACCCCCCUCCUCCACAGCAAGCCCCUCACCUACACCGACCACCGUCCCCAAGGAGGAGCAAGAUGCCCGCGACACGCUCCAGUUUGCCAAAGACAAGAACGCCCUGUACGACACCCUCCAGCCCGGCGACGCCUGCACAGACCCCAACGCACCAGCCUGCGUCCAAGGCGAUCACUACAGGUGCACGGACAGUGGGACGUGGGAGCUCAGCGAGCGUUGUCCAGACGGAACGGGCUGUUUCGCCGUGCCAUGGGGCGAGCUGGACCGCACCGUCCGCGUCGGCUGCAUGAAUGUGGACGAAGCAAAGAAGAAGCUGGGAGAGGACGAGGAGCCUACCAGUGCCACCACAGAGGUGCCCCAACCCGAGCCAACAAACCCCGUGGCGGAGGAGCCUGAGGUUAUCACCACGACCAAGACCUCCACCAAAGUCAUCACGCGCACCGCUCUCCCAGCACCCGUCGAGACUACGCCUACUCCCGAGGACUCGGCUGAAAACCCCACGCCCGAUUCGCCUUCACCCCCGGUCCAGCAAGACCCCACGUCCGAACUGGACGUGCCCGAGCUUGAACCGACCACCACGCCAAGUCCCAUCGACGAGCCAGAGCCGACGACCACGUCUCCCUCCAACACGGUCACGCAGGUCGUCGAGGAGCCAGACGACGGCAAAGUCAGGAUCACACUGGCCGAUGGAGCCACGUACCCGCCCUUGCCGGGCGCCACGUCGGCACCAGAGGAAGAUCAAGGUGCUUUGGAGAACGGCAGCGGCACGGAGGGCAGCGGUGGCAAUGACGAGCAGAUGCCUGAUUUUGCGACGACGGUCAUCGUGGGUGGUACGCCGACUGUGUCUCUCUGGCUCACUGUGACGUCCAUGGAGACAACGACGUCCACUGAGACAGAGACGGAGACGGAGACGGAGACGGCGACGGUCACGGCUACGCUGAUCCUGCCAGGAUAGUUGGUGGCAAGGGAGGCGGGAAUGGUAAACAGGAAAUGAUGAGUGUGACAUUGAACG